CAACAAACAUGUUAUUUAACACCAACAAUCAUGUUUUAUUAAGGCAACAAACCAUGUUUACCAAUUUAAUAAACAGAUUUUAUCGACACUUCCAUGAUGUUUGUUGGUUCAACAAACUGGUUUGCCGUUUUCGCGUUUCUUUUUUGCAGCGUGUAGCUAAAUUUGACAGUGUACUUGAGAAAACUUUUCGCUGUGGCAUUUACCGUUACUCAGAUCAAUAUGGCGGACGAAACCGAUUCCAAAGACGCCGUGGAAAUUGUGGAAGAAUUUGUUUUUGAAUCGCUAAGUCCAGAGGAAAUAGAAGUGUUCAAUUUGCUUAGUGAGUUUGAAGUGCAGGCGGAGGUGAUUUCAGCUUUCAUAACAAAUCGUUACACACUUUCUACUCUACGGAUUAUCGAGCGGCCAGAAGUGGAAGCCUUGGUUCAGCCACCUUUCUUGGCGGAAAGGACUAAGAUUAUCGCGGGAUUGAGUAAUUGGCGGAUUAGCCAGGGACUUCCAGCGUUGACGACCGGAGUGAUUCUUCCAGCGGUCAAUCCGGAAACGACGGCACAAACCGCUGUCGGCCGAGAGCAGUGCACGGCCACUUACCUGCUCACGAACUCCCCAAGAGGCAAAUCGAUAAUUGAUCACUACAACGCAUCGGAACUGAAGUUUCUAACCCGGAAGGACCGAAUUGCAAUUACAAACAUCGUUGUGGACGAGUUCUUCUACCGCUUUUCCAAACUAACGCCGUCGGAGUUGAAGCAAAGGGCCGAAGAGCUUUUCAAGUUGUUUCCCGACGUUCCCGAGAAUACGUGGUACGAGCCUUCCCAGUACAAGGACGCUUCCGGAAAAAUCGUGAAACGGAGGUACGCGCGAGGUUGUCUGUAUGACCGCAAUGCCAACAUCCCUGGGAAAAAGAAGACGACAGCCUCUGCGAUCAGUUCGACAUCCGAGGCUGGACCAAGUUCAGCACAAGCCAGCGGAAUAACCAAAUCUGAAGUUGAACAGUACGAGAAGCUCAAGCAGUGGUUUAUACACAACCAAGACGAUUGGGAAGACUUGCGUACGAAGUGGAAAGCUACCAGCCAUAUUCGAUUGCUGCAACUAUCCCAAUUGGACCACCCAACCUGUGAAACGAUUGCUGAUCUUUAUCCUACUCUGAAGAACCACCUCGGAUAUCAACUAAUACAAAUCGAUUUUGCUAAACGUUUUCCCGAAAGAGAGACCAGCUUGUUUGAUCGCUGGGAAAGUUUCUCCAGUGCAAUCAUCCGGAUUCUCCGACUGGAAAUCACUGACGCAGAAGGAAAGGCGCUUCUUACUUCACUGGACGGCAACUGCUCAGAAGAUUCUAAAAAUGUUACCGUGCUAUCGCUGCUGGCUCACUUUUUAGCGUGCAAACAUCCGGUCGGCAAGACCGCCAAAUCCAAACCCUGGAAACCGUCAGUUGCCGAGACAAAGGAGACAAUGUGCGUGACAGUCACGGAUUUUGCUUUACUUCAAGAAGACUUGUCGCGGGUAUCCGCCCGUUUCGACGAGAAAGGCUUACCGGUUACUCCAGUCAUCGUCGUACUCGGUGGCCAAGCCCCCAGUGGCUUCACGUUGUGGCACAAAUCGUUCUCGUUCAAGUUCAACAGUUUUUUGAAAGCGUUGGACGUGUGUUUGAAGCUGUUCAAAGCUUACGAUAUCAGCUACCCACCACAAUCGGAUGAUAUCUGGAGCCUUCUGGCCGGAUAUCUGUACGAGUUUGACAUCACCAAACCGGCCAUUGCUGGACUGAACCGUACGUUGAAGAGACUCGCCGAAGAAAAAUGAUUC